AGGAAAAGUGACGCACUUCCUUCUCUGAGCGGUGAUCAGCGCAUGCGCAUCUCCGGAUCGCUCUUUUCUCUCCAGCCGCCAUCAUGGGUCGCAUGCACGCUCCUGGAAAGGGUUUGUCCCAGUCGGCGCUCCCAUACAGACGCAGCGUCCCCACUUGGUUGAAAUUGACAUCUGAUGAUGUGAAAGAACAGAUUUUCAAACUGGCCAAGAAGGGCCUCACCCCGUCCCAAAUUGGUGUUAUCCUCAGGGACUCUCAUGGUGUUGCUCAGGUUCGCUUUGUAACUGGUAACAAGAUCUUGCGUAUCCUGAAAUCCAAGGGACUGGCCCCCGACCUGCCCGAGGACCUCUACCACCUGAUCAAGAAGGCUGUGGCUGUGCGCAAACAUCUGGAGAGGAACAGGAAGGAUAAAGAUGCCAAAUUCCGUUUGAUUCUUAUUGAAAGCAGAAUCCACCGAUUGGCUCGUUACUACAAGACCAGGAGAGUCCUCCCACCCACCUGGAAGUACGAGUCCUCCACAGCCUCCGCCCUCGUCGCAUAAAUGUUGCUGAAACUUUAAUAAAUUUCACAAUUUAUUCCA